AUGGCUUUGAAGGGUACAGCAAUCAUCGAUGGGCAGCAUCGGAUGAGAGCUGCGGCAGAGGUUCUGUCAAAGAACGAUCUUUUCUUUGACCUCAGUGUCGUGGUGGACUUGAUCUCAGUCUCUUCUCUGAAGGAAGUCGAAGCUCUGUCUGACUUCAGUAGCCAGAAAGAGAAAGUAGAUCAAACCAGUGCUCGAGCUUGCAUCAACAUCAGCAAUACGUUCGUUGUGCAUAACAAGCAAACCAACAAGAAAGCGAGGACGCACAAGAAGAUGUCUUCGCAGGUGGUUAGAUCCCAUGAGUCUCUUCACAACUUGUAUUUCUGUGUGCACGUCGAGGAUGAAUGGAGGAAGGAGAAUGGUUUUCAAGUGUGGGAGAUCCAAGCAUGGAACUCUCAUGGUUUUCCCAUUCGAGGCAAGCAGUGGAUCGAGCAUCACAGCCUGCCCGAUCAGCAGCGAGGCAGCUUCAAGUUCUGCAGGAAACCAGGAAAAUCCUCUCGUCUCGUCGACGACACCGCUACCCCCUUGUGGGCCCCUCAUUCAUGGAGUCAGGCUCGAUUCUCGGAGCAUUUCCUGACGAUAUCGGGUGAUGCUCGUGGGAGAUUGAAAAUCUUUCAAUAUCUCAUGCUUGAAGAGGAGCAGAAGCAGGUUUUGCAAGCUCAUCAGAAAUUAUGGAAUGCGAAAUCGUGA